GGAGCUGACAAACUCGGAACCGUCGCUGCCGCGGGCGCUGUCGCGAACAUUCCUAUCUGGCCUUUCUUUUACGUUCUUCAUUUACAAGUACACCUCUUCGUUGUUCUGUCCCAGACGCGGAUUUGCCAUCGCUGGAAGUUGGCCUGCUCUGGUGUUUUUUUUGUCUGAAUUGGAAGUUUCGUGCUGCGCUUGAUUAAUCACGCUCGCGCCGUGGCAAAUGUUAUAGCGACGAUUGCCACUACUCCCACUACUCCCACUACUCCCACUACUCCCACUACCCCAAACUCUCUCACCUCUUCAGGUUGCACAAGUGCACCCGCCAGUUUAGUUCGCGCCGGUUACCCGGACUUCAGUCAAGAAAGGGAAGCAGCACACACUUCGCCAGUAUCAGGGGUGGGUUUGUAGGAUGGCGCCAGCCAAUAUCCGCGUCCCGCCCGGAGAUGGCGGAUCGCUAGCCGCGCCGACGGCGCAUAUGGCGACGACCACCCUCAAAGUGGAGGGGAUGACUUGUGGCGCAUGCACCUCGGCAGUUGAAGCAGGCUUCAAUGGCGUGGACGGCGUUGGCAGUGUUUCGGUCAGUCUCGUCAUGGAGCGAGCGGUGGUGAUGCACGAUCCACAGCGGAUAUCGGCCGACAGGAUACGGGAGAUCAUUGAGGACCGUGGAUUCGAUGCAGAAAUUCUGUCGACAGACCUACCCUCCCCGGUUGCACCCCGCCCUUCAUUCGGCGUGUUCCCUACGCACGGCCCAGCUACGACCAUUACAACGGUGGCAAUCCAGGGCAUGACUUGUGGUGCCUGUACGUCGGCGGUAGAAAGUGGAUUCAAAGACGUUCCCGGGGUUAAGCAUUUCAGCAUCUCAUUGCUGUCGGAAAGAGCCGUGAUCGAACACGACCCGCGCCUCGUCACCACCGAGUCGAUUCGCGAGAUUAUCGAAGACCGGGGGUUCGACGCCGAGAUUGUCGAAAGUAAGAAGAAGGAACCAGAAGGCGGGACAGCGCCGGACGGUGAAACAGCUAUAUCGACUGCCACCACGACCGUCGCGAUUGAAGGAAUGACCUGCGGCGCUUGCACAUCGGCUGUUGAAGAAGGGUUCAAGAAUGUGGAUGGUGUCUUGCGCUUCAAUAUCAGCUUGCUAGCGGAGCGGGCGGUCAUCACGCACGAUCCGGCGAAACUUCCAGCAGACAAGAUUGCGGAGAUAAUUGAGGACCGGGGCUUCGACGCCAAGAUCCUUUCAACAACUUUCGAUUCUCUCAGCCCCUCCGGCGGUACCUCGACAGCGCAGUUCAAGAUCUACGGAAACCUAGAUGCGACUGCUGCGGAAGUGCUUGAGGAAAGACUGAGGGCACUCCCCGGUGUCAGCACCGCAAAGCUUGUCCUCAGCACCUCCCGGCUCACCGUGGCCCACCUCCCUAAUGUGACGGGCUUGCGAGCCAUCGUUGAGGCGGUCGAGUCAGCUGGCUUCAAUGCUUUGGUUGCAGACAACGACGACAACACGGCCCAGCUUGAGUCUCUCGCCAAGACUCGCGAGAUCAAUGAAUGGAAGCGGGCAUUCCAGAUCUCGGCGUCUUUCGCUGUCCCGGUCUUGGUCAUCAGCAUGAUCCUCCCCAUGUGCUUGCCGGCCCUCGACUUUGGUUCGAUGAGAAUAAUACCCGGCCUGUAUCUCGGCGACAUAAUCUGUCUGGUCCUCACAAUACCUGUGCAGUUCGGCAUUGGGAAACGGUUCUACAAAUCAGCUUGGAAGUCGAUCAAGCACGGUUCACCGACCAUGGAUGUCCUAGUGGUUCUAGGCACAUCCUGCGCAUUCUUUUUCAGCGUUAUGGCCAUGCUCGUCUCCCUCCUUUUCCCGCCUCAUACAAGGCCGAGCACCAUUUUCGACACAAGCACCAUGCUGAUCAGCUUUAUCACCCUCGGCCGCUUCUUGGAGAACCGCGCGAAGGGCCAGACCUCGAAGGCCCUCUCGCGACUCAUGUCUCUUGCCCCGUCCAUGGCUACCAUCUAUGCUGACCCAAUCGCCGCGGAAAAGGCUGCUGAGGGUUGGAGCGCUGACGCCAGCGCGGAAGAGCCCAAGCAGCCUCUCGACGGCAACUCAGCCGAGGAGAAAGUGAUUCCGACCGAGCUUAUUCAAGUGGGGGACAUUGUUAUCCUUCGACCAGGAGACAAGAUCCCUGCAGAUGGUGUCUUGGUCCGGGGAGAAACGUACGCGGAUGAGAGCAUGGUCACCGGUGAGGCCAUGCCGGUUCAAAAGACGAAGGGAAGUUUCUUGAUCGGCGGAACCGUCAACGGCCACGGAAGGGUCGACUUUCGCGUAACACGAGCCGGUCGCGAUACCCAACUCAGUCAGAUCGUCAAGCUCGUGCAAGACGCGCAAACGAACCGCGCCCCCAUCCAGCGGUUGGCGGACAUUCUGGCGGGUUACUUUGUCCCGACCAUCUUAAUCCUGGGCCUCACAACCUUCCUCGUAUGGAUGGUCUUGAGUCAUAUUCUUCCGCACCCGCCCAAGAUCUUCCUGGAAGAGACGAGCGGCGGCAAGAUCAUGGUAUGCGUUCAGCUCUGUAUCUCCGUCAUUGUCUUUGCAUGCCCCUGCGCCCUAGGUCUGGCGACUCCCACGGCCGUCAUGGUGGGGACCGGUGUCGGCGCCGAAAAUGGUAUCCUCGUCAAGGGCGGCGCCGCCCUCGAGACCACGACCAAGAUCACGCAGGUUGUGCUUGACAAGACCGGCACCAUCACUUACGGAAAGAUGAGCGUGGCCAACGCCACUAUCGCCUCGCCGUGGAAGGAUACUGACUGGCGCCGGCGGAUAUGGUGGACCAUCGUUGGCCUCGCCGAAAUGGGCAGCGAGCACCCGAUCGGCAAAGCUGUUCUCCGCGCCGCCAAGACGGAGCUUGGCCUCAGCCCCGACGCGACGCUCGAAGGCAGUAUCGGCGACUUCUCUGCAGCUGUUGGUAAGGGCAUCAGCGCGUAUGUCGAGCCGGCAUCGGCCGCCGAGCGAGCCCGGUACAAGGUCCUGAUCGGCAAUGUCCCCUUCCUCCAGCAAAACGACGUCCACGUGCCGCAAACCGCCAUCGAAGCCUCGGAGCUCGUCAGCAUCGCCCGCUCCGGCAAGUCCAACGCCGGCACAACCAACAUCUUCAUCGCCAUCGAUGGCGGCUACGCAGGCCACCUCUGCCUCUCCGAUACCAUCAAAGAGGGCGCUGUCGCUGCCAUCGCUGUCCUACACCGCAUGGGCGUCAAGACCGCCAUGGUGACCGGCGACCAGCGCGGCACGGCCCUCGCCGUCGCCUCCGCCGUCGGCAUCCACGCGGACGACGUCUAUGCCGGCGUCUCGCCAGACCAGAAGCAGGCUAUCAUCCGCCAGCUGCAAGCAUCCGGCUCGGUCGUCGCCAUGGUCGGAGACGGCAUCAACGACUCGCCCGCCCUGGCCACCGCCGACGUGGGUAUCGCCAUGAGCUCGGGCACCGACGUGGCCAUGGAGGCGGCUGACGUGGUGCUGAUGAGGCCCAACAACCUGAUGGACAUCCCCGCGGCGCUGCACCUCGCCCGCACCAUUUUCCGAAGAAUCAAGAUGAACAUGGCCUGGGCGUGCAUGUACAACGUCGUCGGCUUGCCGUUUGCUAUGGGCAUCUUCCUGCCGCUCGGCUGGCACAUGCACCCCAUGAUGGCGGGCGCGGCGAUGGCGGCCAGCAGCGUUAGUGUCGUGAUGAGCAGCUUGUGUCUCAAGUUCUGGAAGCGGCCGCGGUGGAUGGACGAGGCGGAGGCCGAGGAGAAGGGAGGGGUCAUUCUUAGGAAGGGUAAAGGGUGGGGACUGAUGGGCAGUGUGAGGGAGGUCGUUGGGGGGUGGUUUGGUGUUGGUGGGAGGAGGAGGAACCAGGCGGAGGGGUAUGUACCGCUUGCAACGUUGGAUGGGCCGGAACAGGCCGUUUGAGAAAGGGCCGAGUCUUCCCUUGCAGGCUUCAAUUUUCUUAUGUCUUCUUGGGUAUGACUGGCGUUGGGGCGCGAUUUGCCUAGGUACCUUAGGCCCGGGAUGCCUCGGCACGCCCGCAGCGGUGUUGUGCUGUGUUUGUGCUUUGUUGUGGAAGCGUUUUCAGCUAUAUACCUCUCCGAAUGUCCAAUUCUCAUUG